AUGCCUGGAGCACCUCCUGAGGGAGGCAACCAUGAACUUCUGAAACAGAUGCCCGAGCCACCUCAGCUGGCUCCUUCCAACGUGGAGGAGCAAAGACUCUACUCCGAGCUCCUCCUGGACCCCGCAAUACUUAAACUCCACGACUUGAGACAAGGACUCGGCACAAACCUGAAGAGGGGAGUCCACUUUUCUCCGGUGGAGAACCAUGGCCUCAGAUUCGGAUGUGCUGAUCCUCAUACCGGCAUGAUGUUCAUUAUGGACAAACUGAUUCAGUCGGGCUCCUACCUGAGCACAGGCUGGUUUACACUUAUCCUCGCCAUGGACAUGUGCAAAGAGAUCCAUAUCUACGGCAUGAUAAAUGACACCUACUGCAAGACUGAAGGCUACAGGAAGGUUCCCUACCACUACUACGAGGCGGGCAGUCGGGACGAGUGUGCAGAGUACCAUCUCCAUGAGAGCGCCCCCUACGGCGGACAUCGCUUUAUCACUGAGAAGUCUGUUUUUGCAAAGUGGGCCAAGACUCACUCCAUCAAGUUCUUCAACCCCCCAUGGCAGCUGUCGUGACCCCGGCUGAGCUUAUGCAGGAGAGAAAAUCCACAUCAGAGUGGCUUUCAUUAGCUCUGCAGUGACUCGAACAAACACACAUCAGUUAAAAGCUCAGACUUCACUCCAUGUCGUUUAUUUUGUUCCAGUUUGGUCUCCAGAAUUAAGGAAGUCUGAGGACUAAACAUGGACAGCGGUUUUCAUUCCUUUGGCUUCUUGAAUUGUAUGUUUUCAGCAGACGAAUGUGGAAUGCUUCUGCACUGACAGAUCAAUCUGUUUGCAGCUCUGUGAGUCCAGCAAAGAUCGCCUUGAGCUUCAACAAAAGAGAAGAACAGACCUUAUCUCAUGUUAACUCAUGCUGAACUUGGAGAGGAACUCAAACCAGACAAGUGUCAGUUUGAACAUCUCAUCAGCACUUCUGCUGUUUCCUCUAACAGUUAAUCUCCUGUCAGGUUGUAAUUAAUGUGUGAAAAGCUUCAUUCAAGCCUUCAUCUCUGGCAGAGGGAGUAUGAAACGCUGAUGAUUUGUCAGUUUUAAUUUACAGUGAUCCGAUGUUACAAGGGGGCAAAAAAAAACGCCUCAGCAAACAAGGGUGUUUGACAAAGAUCUGAAGCGAUCGAAAAUCAGGUUUUAGGUAAAUCCAGAGAUGUAAACCAGCUCCAUUGUGUUUCAACUUAAGGAUGUCAGCUCCUUUUCCUUUUUAUAAUCCAGUGAAAGUGAAAUUCAGCAACUCAUCAUGGUUUUGGUUUAGUCUCUUGAGGGCUUGCUGAUUUACUGUGCCAAUGACAGUGUGAGCAGCACAGCAACACAGAGCGAUGUGCAAUUAGAAAAUCUAUCUCUCUGGAAGGAGUUUGUGGCCCUACAGAGGAGAAGAUUUAUGUGUGCAGUGAAACCAUUUGAAGUUAAUUGUAUCCCAUUAUCAUUUUGUGCCUGCAAUAUACUUUGCAGUUCAUUGUAUAGACAAAGAAGAAGAUGCAUUCACUCUCUUUCUCUCUUCUUCUCAUCAAGCUUUGUGCCUCUUUGUGUAACGCAUCGCCCUGCAGACUUCGUCCCAUUUGUCUCUGGGUGCAGCAUGCACGUCUUCUACUCAGUGACUUCUCAUUCGAAUGCAUUUUUUACAGGACUGUAAAGUAUAACCUGUGUGCUUCUGUUGGGACCUAUGGGGCCGCUGUUGUCAACUGAAAGGAGUCAAAGAUUUCUAAUUUAGAAAGCUCAAUGCACAAAGGCCCCAAUGACAGUGAGAUAUAACUGAGGUUUCUCUUCAGCUUCUUCCAUAAUGCAAACAGACUGAGGAUCGUUGCAGUAUGCAGGUCAGCUAUAGUCAUGUGUGAAAACUGGGCUAAAGAAAACAUUAUGAUACAAAAUAUAUUCCUGUAGCUUAAAUUACACAAUAAAUACUGGGCCUAGAGUGCCAAAAUACAAGCGCAAAAUACAAGUUUAUCUCCAAAAAUAUGAAGAUGUUAUGUGGAAAAAUUUUGAAUAUGUUUUGUUUUAUUUGAAACAAUAAUCAUUUUAUAUAUAUAUAAUUAUAUAAUAGUUAUUUGCAUGAAAAUCUUCCCUAAAUAUUUAAUGGUGAAUGGCCUGUACAUUUAUAGCCCCUUUCCAAGUUAGGGGACUCCAAAGCGCUUUACACUAAAUUCAGUCAUUUAUAUUUCAGUUUCAUUUUCUGAGUGACAAAAUAAUUUAACUUUUAUACUUUAUUCAAAGCUUUUUAAAUAUGGAUUUUUAAAUAAUAUGCCUACAUGUCUACAGCUAAUUGUUCUUGAAGGGUUGUUGGGGGGCUAUCCCCAGCAUUCAUUGGCUGAGAGCCGGUCUCCCAGGACAGAUACACAUGACAACAAACUAUGAGUGUACAUUCAAAUAAAUAAACUUAAAAAAUAAAUUUAAAUAAAUAAAUACAUUUUACAACUCCUCUUUAAUAACUCCUUUUAAAAUGUGCAAUUAGGAAAUACUUUUUAAAUUGCUGAAAUGGAUAGUUUUCUUUUUCAGUGACUCUCUUGGUCCUCCAAAGUUUUAGCCAAAAAACAGUUCUUAUCGGCCAGCAAUUUAAAAUCUCUGAUAUUUUUGUGCUAGAAACACUCUGCUUCUGUUAAGAGAUUCGUGAUUAUUUUUCCCUGUUUUAAUAAUAUUACCUGAUCAAGCCUUUUUCUAUCAUUCUACUGUAUAAAAUAAGUAAGCUGGUAUGAUUCCUACUAAUAUCAUAUCGGGUCAAUAUCGGUAUCAAAUCGGAAAUGUAAAAACUGUAUCAGGACAUCUUUCAUUUAACUUAUUUUUUAAUGGUGAUGUUCACAUUUAUUUUCAGUGAGAAGGAUUUUGUCAGGACAUGAAAUAUCUGCUUCUACAGAAAAAAAAA